UCUCUCUCUCUGCUAAUGAUGACGAAGAGCAGCGGAGAGCACCACUUUAACAACUGAAGAACUACUAUUCGAGGCACACUUCAACUCUCUCUCUCUCUCUCUCUCUCUCUCUCUAAAACUCAAAAAUGGAUGAGAUUGAGCACAAGUACGUUGAAGUGAAAGGUCUGAAGCUCCAUGUAGCUGAGAUCGGAUUGGGCCAAUCGGUUGUGGUGUUCCUCCACGGGUUUCCCGAGAUAUGGUACUCCUGGCGCCACCAGAUGAUCGCCCUCUCCAGCGCCGGUUACCGAGCGAUCGCGCCCGAUUACAGAGGGUACGGGCUGUCCGACUCACCACCCGAACCCGGAAAUGCCUCCUUUGGUGACCUCAUCACCGACCUCCUCGCUAUCCUCGAUGCCCUCAGCCUUCCUAAGGUUUUCCUCGUUGCUAAAGAUUUUGGGGCUCGGCCUGCUUACUUUUUUGCCCUUCUCUACCCAGAGAGGGUCUCGGGAAUUAUAACUUUGGGUGUGCCAUUUGUGCCCCCAAGUCCCUCUACUUACCACAAGUACCUACCUGAAGGUUUCUACAUCUCAAGGUGGAAGGAACCUGGACGAGCUGAAGCUGAUUUUGGCCGCUUUGAUGUUAAAACAAUUGUGCGGAACAUCUACAUUCUCUUCUCCAAAAGUGAAAUACCAAUAGCGGGAGAAAACCAAGAGAUCAUGGAUUUGGUGGAACCGUCUACUCCUCUACCCCCUUGGUUCACAGAGGAAGAUCUUGAAAACUAUGAAGCUUUGUACAAGAAAUCUGGAGUCCUCGCCGCCAUGCAAGUUCCUUACAGGUCUUUUGGAGAAGUGUUCAACUUACCAAAUACAAAAGUUGAAGCUCCAGCAUUGCUGAUCAUGGGUGAGAAGGAUUAUUUUUUCAAAUUUCCAGGAAUAGAGGACUACAUAAGAAGUGGAAAGGUGAAAGUGUCUGUUCCUGAUUUGGAGAUAACAUACUUGCCAGAAGGAACCCAUUUUGUUCAGGAGCAAUUCCCCGAUCAGGUGAACCAGCUCAUGCUCACCUUCCUCAGUAAGCAUAGUUGUUGAUUUCAAACAUUAAAGGUUGGUUUGUUGUUGUCAUUUGAAGUGUGUUGAAAGGUUUGGUUUGGAGCUCAGGAAUACUGUUUGGUCACAUAUCAGUAUGCCAAUUUGUGACAUGAAUAAUUAAAGGUAAAUUACACCAACCUCCCCUCAGAUUUAGAGAAAACACAAGCUUUACAGUUUUGCAAUAAUUACAUUGAGUUCUUUUUAAUGGUUUCGCCACUUUUCAUCUAUAAAUCGUUAGUAAUAUGA